AUGUUCGCGCUAAAAUGUUUUAUGAUUCUUAUAUCGGUUAGUUAUUGUUAUGGUUUCGCGCUACCUUUCGAAGGACUGUAUGAGUUGCAAAUAAUUCAUUACAACGAUUUUCAUGCGAGAUUUGAAGAAACCUCAGUAGAAACGCCAACAUGCCGGUUCAACAAUGCCUCAUGCCUGGGCGGCUUUCCGAGGCUCUUCAAGCAAAUUAUGACUCUGAAAAAAGAAAAGCCAGAUUCCAUUCUAUUAAAUGCAGGUGACAGCUACCAAGGGACGUAUUGGUAUACGCUCCUUAAGUGGAAAGUGAUCUUGGAGUUCAUGAAUUUACUUCCAAAUGAUGCUCAUGCUAUAGGAAAUCAUGAAUUUGAUGAUGGUCCCGCAGGCUUAGCGCCAUAUCUGUCAGGGUUAAAAGCUCCAGUAGUGGCAGCCAAUAUGGAUACAAGCAAAGAACCAAUUCUACAAGGACUGUAUAAACCAUAUAUAAUUGUGGAGAGAAAAGGACGGAAGAUUGGUAUCAUAGGACUAAUUACUACGGAUACGAAGAUACUAUCGUCGGCUGGUGAAGUGGAAUUCACAGAUCCACGGAAAGUGACGUCACGAUUAUCUCGAGAGCUGAGUGAACGUGGUGUAGAUAUUAUCAUACUACUGUCACACUGUGGCCUUGAUGUUGAUAAGGAAAUUGCUCGCAAUUACGGACAACACAUAGAUAUAAUUGUGGGUGGACAUACCCACUCAUUGCUUUGGAACGGGCCGUCACCGAGCGGCGAAGAAGUUGCCGGCCCAUACCCCGUCUUCAUUGAAUCUGCUGAUCAAACACAUAAGGUGCUAAUAGUUCAAGCAUCAGCGUUCACAAAGUACAUGGGAAGUCUGUCUGUGUUUUUCGAUUACCGCGGUGAAUACGUCAAAUGGGAGGGCGGACCUAUAUUCCUGAAUAGAUCGAUGCCCGAAGAUGAGGAUAUCAAGAAAAGACUUAAGCCAUACGCCGAAAUGGUCCACAGAGCUGAGCAAGAGGUGAUCGGUGAAACUGUGAACACUCUGUAUGCUGAUGACUGUAUCUAUGGAGAAUGUGCGCUUGGAGACUUACUUGUCGAUGCUAUGAAUGAAUAUGCAAAACUGAAUUAUAAGUCUUCAAACAGUUACAUAUCAUUCAUUCAGCGGGGGAAUAUUAAAUCGACCAUACCAAAUGGCGAAAUAACAAAGGGUGAGAUCUUCGAGCUUCUUCCCUUCAAUGACCGAAUCCAGACCUUCGAACUGCAAGGAAAAUACAUCGCAAAAGCCCUAGAGAGAAGUGUCAUAGAUGGAUGGAGCAUGGAUCCUUUUAAGGGGCCUUAUAUCUUACAAGUAGCAGGUUUAAAAGUGAUAUACGAUAUGAAGCAACCUGAAGGAGGACGGGUGACGUCAGUCCUAGUUGGAGACUCGAAGAAACCUUUGGAUCCUGAACAAGUCUAUCAAGUCACUGCUCCAGCGUAUUUAGCUGAUGGAGGAGAUGGAUUUUCGAUGUUCUCAGAAGGAAGAAAGAACGUGCAAGUCAUAGGGCGUGACGAGAAAGUUCUGGAGGCAUUUAUAAGAACACAUUCGCCUUUAAAUGUGACUACAGACGGACGGAUAGUCAUUAAUCAGUUCAGUUUUACAUAG